ACCUGAAUCAGUACACCUUCGCAUAUGGCGUCAGCGGCAGGAUACUGGUGGUUCGAAUCUCCUUGGGUGCACACUUUUUCUCCUGACUUGGACAUUUUCCCAUGGACACAAUGUGUGUCAGUCCUGAGAACACCUCUUGGAGUCGAUAUUACAAAGAACCUUGUGACACUUCCAUCGAAUUACCCAUCCUGGCCACAAGAGGUUCCCAGUUGAGGGUAAUUCUGUGGGUGGAGAGUGUUACGGAGGACCCGAUUCGCAGGGAUACUGGUGGUUCGAAUCUCCUUGGGUGCACACUUUAUGCGAAGGUGUACCGAUUCAGGACUGACGCAACUUGUGUCCUUGGGAAAAUAUCCAAGUUAGGAGAAAAAGUGUGCACCCAAGGAGAUUCGGACCAGUAUCCAGCUUACACCAUAUGCGAAGGUGUACCGAUUCAGGUGUACGCCGCAACUACGGACAACAACCUCCAUGCUUACCACCUCAAAGGGCGGAGGGAUUUCUCUAUCAAGAUGCCGUCCCUCGUGGUUCAGCUGGAAGCGAUGGAGACCAGGUGUGCCCUGGCGGACGGCAACGUUCGCCUGUACGAUGCCGAGAAGAACCUGCUGCACACACUAAAGACGCAGGAGCCGAUAGCGGCUCUGCGAUUUGGACCCUACGCCAGAGAAGACGGCGCGCUCGCCGUCGUGUCCGUAACAGGGAAGCUGACCAUAUUCAUGCUGAAUCGCAAGGCUGAUCUAAGGAAGCCCAAAACGCUUGGGGCGGCCACGGCUGGCUAUCCGCCGGAACAGGACAUCCCGCUCAAGGUCCCGAAGAAAACCAAGCUGUACGUGGAGCAGACGCAGCGCGCGAAGCUUCAGGCCGGGGAGAUCCACCGGGCGUUCCAGAAGGACCUCUGCCUCCUCAGGCUCACCGCCGCCCGGGCGUAUGUUAAGACCAUCACGGACGGCCGGCAGGGAGUGAGCGCGGUCGGGGCGGCGGCAUCGUUAAGGCUGCAUGCCCAGUGCCAGGGGCUGGUGAGAUGGGACUGA